AUGCCGGAAUGUUCGAAGAGGGUUAUCCUGACAGUUGCCACCGGCGUGUUUGGAAUCACCUCGUUGAUAUGCCUCACUAUUGCCAUUUCCACAGACUACUGGCUCUUCGCCAUCGAAAGGUUCGCCGAAGAUCACACAGCCACCAACCUAACCUACAAACUGACCGUCACUGGUCUCUGGAGAAAAUGUGUUCACAUGGAAACAGCGAGUGAGGCGAACUUGAGUGCAUGGCACGAAUUUGUGAAGUCACUGAGGAAUAAGCUGAGAAAUAAAACGGCCCGAUAUAAUAUGGAUCCCUCGGGCAGGUGGGCCAAACGCGAAUGCUAG